AUGGGCAUGUUGUGGGGUCCAGGUGUUGCCUUUCUCCUUUUCUUGUCCACUACUGCCCUCAGCCUCCAUAUCCCUCUGGAAGUGGAACAGCCGCCAACAAUUAUAGCUCAUUCUCCCAGCUCACUGAUCCUCUUCCCGUUUGAUCUGAAUAUCACUUUGACAUGUGAAGCCAAAGGCAACCCAAAACCAGUAUACCGAUGGACAAAAGAUGGAAUAGACUUCAACCCUCAUAAAGAUCCCAGGCUCAUAAAAAAAAACAACACUGGGAGUUUUAUCAUACCCAAAAUCAGCAAUGUUUCUAAAUAUGAGGGAAAGUACAGAUGCUAUGCCUCAAACAAACUGGGAACAGCACUGACUGGGGAGACAGAAGUAAUUGUGCAAGGUGUCCCCAAGUUUCCAAAGGAAAAAAUUGAUCCCGUUGUGGUGAAAGAGGGGGAAAGUGUUAUCCUUGAGUGUAAGCCACCUACAGGUGUACCUCCACGCCAGUUGUACUGGAUGACCAUUGGUCUCCAGCACAUUGAGCAGAAUGAGAGAGUUUCCAUGGGCUUGGACGGGAAUCUGUACUUCUCUAAUGCUCAACAAAUUGACAGCCGUGAAGACUACUGCUGCUUCGCCUCUUUCCCCAACAUACGCACCAUCGUCCAGACAAGUCCCAUGGCUGUAAAUGUCCAGAACUCCUCUUCAAUCCAGCAGAGAAGACCAGUGUUGUUAGUGCCCCCUGCUGACCAGAGUGAGACACAUAUAGUCAAGGGAGGAGAGCUUGAGUUGGAGUGUAUUGCUGAGGGACUACCAACCCCCAAAAUUGAAUGGACUAAAAUUGGAGAGAAGCAGUUGCCGAAAGGAGCAAGUAUCGAGAACUUUGGGAAGCUGCUGACCAUAUCAAAAGUGACAGAGGAGGCUGAUGGGAGGUACAUGUGUAAGGCGAAGAACUCUGUUGGUGAAACUGUUCACUACUUCCAAGUGACAGUUGAAGAACCUCCUCAGUGGGUAGAGGAACCUCAGAGGAGUCAAAUAGCCACAAUCGGGUCUGACGUACACAUUAAAUGCUCAGCCACUGGAAAACCACAACCCAGCAUCAACUGGAAGAGAAAUGGAAUGCCUCUGGAUGAUACAACAGCAGUUCAGAGGAAAGUGCUGGAUGACACCAUUGUGCUGAAUGGAGUGCAGGAGAAAGACAGCGCAGUGUACCAGUGUGAGGCCUCCAACAGACAUGGCACCAUACUGGCUAAUGCUAACAUCCUCAUCAUGAAUCGUCCUCCUCUAAUUCUAACUAAAGACUACGUGGAGUAUUUUGCUGUCGAAGGAGGAAGUGUAAUGAUGCACUGUAAUGUUUUCAGCUCUCCCCCUGCCACAACACAAUGGAUAAAAGAUGACCCUGAAGGCUCUUUACCUGAGGAGAGGUUUACUACUCUAAAGAAUGGUUCAGUGUUGCUUCACAAAGCAGAGAAGGAAGACAUAGGGAAAUAUAUUUGUGUUGCCUCAAACUCAGAGGGCAGACACACCAUCAGCGCUGAACUUUACGUCAAGGAUCCAACCAGAAUUGUGAAAGCACCUCAGAACAUGACAGUUCAGCGUGGCAGUGUGGCUGAGCUUGUGUGCCAGGCAGAAUAUGACACGUCCCUGAAGGGAGAGUCGGAGAUAGUGUGGGAGAAAAAUUCUCAGUUGAUUUUCUCCAGUUUCACACAGGAUUCAGGAUAUAUCGUAGACAAUGGACUACUGAAGUUUAUCAACGUGAGUCACAGUGAUAAAGGACUAUACACGUGUAUAGCAAAGACACCAUUGGAUGAGGACUCGGCCUCCGCAUAUGUCACCGUGGUGGAUGUCCCUGAUGCACCAGUGGAUCUAACUUUGUCUGAGCAGAAGAACCGCAGUGUGAAGCUACAAUGGGUGCCAACCAAAGACCACAACAGCCCCAUAACUGAGUUUGUUAUUGAGUUUGAAGAGAACCACUGGGAGCCAGGGAGAUGGAGGGAGAUACUUCAAGUCCCUGGGAAUCGAGUCUUUGCUGUCUUGUCUCUACAAGGACACAUAAAUUACCAGUUCAGAGUGUCCGCCAUCAAUGCUGUGGGGAAAGGUCCUCCCAGCAAGCCAUCAGAGAGAUAUAAGACCCCUCCAGCUGUCCCUGACAAGAACCCAGAGAACAUCAAGAUUCAAGGCCAUUUGCCCCAUCAGAUGCACAUCACAUGGGAGCCGUUGCUUCCUGUGGAACACAAUGCCCCAGACCUGGAGUACAAGUUAAGCUACAGACACAUGGGGGUGGAGGACAGCUGGAAAGAACAGAUGGUGAAGAGACACUCGUUCGUUGUGAGGGACACCCCGACAUUCGUCCCCUACGAGAUUAAGAUUCAAUCCCACAACAGUCAGGGCUGGGGUCCUGAACCCCAAGUAGUGACGGGAUACUCAGGAGAGGACUUUGUCUUUUGGCAUUGUCGUCACAAUAAUGCCACAGUACCUCUGGCUGCUCCUGAGAACCUGGCUGUGGAGGUCAUUAACUCCACUCUACUCAGGGUCAGCUGGUCUCCUGUUCCCAUAGAGACAGUGCGUGGCCAUCUUGCUGGUCAUACUGUAAGUUACUGGAGGACUGGGAGUGUUCUGAGCUCUAAGAAAAUCCCAGUUGAGAAACAGACUUUAAUGCUGCCUGGGAACAGAACUCACGCCCUGAUUGCUGGCCUGAAGCCUUUCUCUCAGUACAAUUUCACCAUCAGUGUCUUCAACAAGAGGGGCAGUGGACCCACCAGCGCCCCAUAUUCAUUCAGUACUCCAGAAGGAGUUCCAGAGAGAGUCCCCAUACUGAGGGCUACCAAUGCUCAGGGUAAAACCAUCACACUGGUGUGGGCUCCUCCACAAGAAGCCAAUGGUGUACUGACAGGCUAUAGUCUGCAAUACCAGAGGAUGAAUGAAACGAUGGACGUGGGUGACAUCUACUCAGUGAACAUCACCAGUCCAGAAAAGACCCAGUGGCUUCUGCAGAACUUGGAGAUGGGUAGUACAUACAAGUUUUAUCUGAGCGCCUGCACCAAGCAGGGCUGUGGGCCACCUAUCAGCGAGGAGGUCUCUUCUCUUCCUUUGGCUUUUCCAGCCCCGUCCAACAUAAGCUUCACAGUUAGCGACACCUACGCUAAAAUCUGGUGGGCCACUGAGGGAGGGCUUUGGGAGUCAGAGCUCUAUAUUUCAGUCAUGAAUCACCGUGAUGGUAGCUGGACGAUUUCUGAGGCAAUAAAUUCGUCUCAGAGCUUCUACAUCAUUGAGGGGCUGGAACCUGGUGAAGUGUACACUGUACGCCUCUCAAAUAACAGCACUCAUGAUAACAGUAGUAUUCACGAGGAGGUUUUCAAGACAAGGGCCAGAGGUAUGGAGGAAGUGUAUGGAGGGAUCUCAUCAAAAGGCUGGUUCGUGGGUUUAAUGUGUGCAGUGGCAUUGCUAACCCUAGCAGUGCUAAUAGCCUGUUUUGUGCGCAAGAACAAAGGAGGAAAGUACUCAGUGAAAGAAAAAGAAGAUCUCCCAGACAUGGAGGUGAAUGGCCUUAAGGAGGAGACCUCAGCUGAAUACAGUGAUGAUGAGAAACCUCUGCAGGCCAUCAGUGUGGACAUUAAAGACGAUAUCAGUGUGAGCAGUGGAAACUACAGUGAUGGAGUGGAGGCAAGUUUCGAAGAGGAUGGCUCCUUUAUUGGAGAAUACACUAGGCGAGAGCCCGUGGACAAGAAUUGA